AUGGUUGCGAAAGAGCUCGCAGAAGACGAGGAUAAUAAGACCGAUCGAUAUCUGGUUGUUUCGAUACUCGAAGCUCUAUCAAAUAUCUCGAUACCAGAAGACUGGGAAGUCGCCAAAGCAGUCGUGGUGUUUCUCCGCAGUGCGCUAGAAACUGUUGACGAAGAAUCUCCUUUCACAGUAGUGACCUUGAAAUUAGCCAUUAACGUUACAAAUCACGAAAGUGCCGCUUCAGAAUUCAAUCAUUUGACCAUUUUAACAAAACUAUCGACAUCGAUAUCCGAAGCGUUUGGUCAAGCACAGCGAGAUGUGGAACACGGAAACCCAUUGGACCAUGGAUACGAUCAAUUGCUACUACUUCUUGGCAUUCUGAUAAACAUUCUAGAGCACUGCUCCUUGGCCAGAGAAUCUGUUGACUCAGCUUCCCUCAAACAAUUGUCGGCAAUCUGGGCCAAAAAUGUCUCGUCUCUCCAUGACGCUGACUCAGUCGGAAAAUCCAAACUGAGCGUCGCGUUUGGAUAUCUGGCCAUUGCUGUUGGUUAUUUUUACAUUAUUACAUCAAAUCGGUUGGAGAUGAAGCACUAUGACAAUUGGCCUGGAACCCUUCAGCUUAUCAGCACAAUACAUGAUUUCAUCGGGAUAUAUCGCACAACGAAUGCCAAGGUUGAUGAACUGGAAAUGCUCGUUCAGGAUUUACGCCUGCUGAGAUCUACUGAAAAUUUUGUAUCAUGA